AGCUUACAUAGUGACGGUUGACUGUUUUGUAUCCUAACGUUACACUCAAACAAACAAACGUGGCUCUUACAGUUAUACGGCCUUAACUUCCUACCAAAGAUAAAUUUUGUUGUUUGUGUCUCUAAGGGGUCAAGACCAGUGAAACAAAUGGCGGCUCCAAAAGCAGUUAGUUGCAGAGUGCGGGCAGUGAGGACGUCCAAAAGAGCUGACAAAUCAUCUCCAGCGUCCCCUCCGAAGUUUAUGGAAAGAAUGCCAUCUGAGAUCCUGAUUAGGAUUCUGUCAUACCUGGAUGCCUCCGCUCUUUUCACCCUCAGCCACGUCAAUAAGCUCUUCUAUCAGCUCGCCAAUGAUAAUGCACUGUGGAACAAGAUAUACAUAGCAGAGUUUGUCAGGAGUAAAAAGCACAAACCUAAGUGCGUAGAUGAGCUGCUCCUGAAGAUGGCCGCAGUGGAGGUGCAAGAUCUGCCCGCAGGUUACUGGAAGUGGCUGUGCUUCAGGACUGCAGCCGCAUGUGACAUGAACAAGUGGAAAAGACAUCUUGAACUCAUCAGCUGUCACACUGGGCUGCCCAGCCAAACAGAGCGGGUCCUCAGGAACUUGCACGUCACCUGGGAGCUGACGGUCUCUGAUAAGUCGGGGCACGAGGGCACACAUGAGCUGAGCUGCUCCCGGUUCUGCGAGACUUCCGUGACUCUGUGCUGGAGCGGAGGAGGCGGCUUGCCCAACUACCAGCAGUUUUCCACCCUUCAACUCCACGGUGUCAGGAGGAUAGCCCUCAACUGCCCAGGCCUAAAGAAACCUGGCUGUCGGUCCCUCAUGGUGAAGUUAGACGUGCAGACCCUCACUAAAAGCGCGCAGGUCAUUGGUCAGGAUCAACUGGUUGAACUGAAGUUGCUGCAGCCUGACAUCAUCAUUGGCGUCUGGAGGGACCAGUGCUCUGUCGCCUUUGUCAUGUUCAUCCUCCACUUCCACAGGCUGGUGGAAAGAAGCAUCCGGGGAUCCUCUGAUUGCCCCUACGUGGAGCCAACAAUCAAACCCCCUUUUGAUGACAUCGACCCUGAAUACGGUCUCCAUGGUUACCAACUACACAUUGUUCUCCACGACACAGUGCGCAAGAUCAUGUCCGGAAGCUACUCCCAGCUCUUCUGCCGCAGAACUCAGAUCUGUGACGGCCUUAUCCAGCUGACUGCCAUUAGCAGGACAGACCUGUCGCAGCACACACCUCUGUCAGGCAACAUCACCCUGCCCUGGAGGUGUGACGCCCUGCAGGGUGCAGUGCAGAAUUGCUGCAUCAUGAAUCUGACUCUACUGGACGAAUUCAGGAAACCCUUCUGGUGUGUCAGCUCUCCAGUUUCCACGGAGCAGGAGAAGACACCUGUCUCCUAUGACUAUGACGGUGAGCACUUCCUGAUCCACUAUCAGGACUCAGAUGGUCAGGUGAAGAUGAAACUUGUUUGGAUGGAAGAACAAAAGCAGUUUUUCCUCAUAAGCUUAGUUGUCUAUGUGACCGUUCGCAAAGUCAACAAGCAUUUCAGUAGAGAUUACUGAACCUGCAGCGUUUCUGGAAGUUUUUAGGUUUUUAAUAAUUAUAGUUGGAUACUAUAAUUUUGCUUUUUAAUUAAACAUAUUAGAUCUGUAUAUGAUAUGCUGAUAUUAUUUUGUAUCUACAACAUUGUUGGUAUAGAUGAGAGAGAGUGUUACAUCAUAAAAAUUUGUUUGAUAUCCUUGUAAUAAAACAGUCUAUAAUUAUUCUGGUGGCUUACUCCAUACAUUUUGCACACAGCGUGUGGGUUGGUAAUACUCAAUAAAUCAAUACAAAAAAAGGAAGAAAUGUAAGAAAACACACUUCAAACUGUCAGAGGGGUUUCAACUCUCAUUUAUUAUAACAAAUGUACUUCUUUAGGAAAUAGUUUUAUCAUUUAUCAUUAACAUUUUGUUUAUAUUUGUGAUUCUAUAAAUCUUCUGUUGUUUUGUACAUUUGUGUUACAAUUGAAGACAUGUUUUCAUUUCUAUGCAAUGCAAUGAUAUGCAGCUACGAACGGUACUUAAUACAUCUGAGAGAGACUUGGUUGGAUUUUAAGUCAGAAGCGUACUCAUGCAGAUGUGCCGCUUUAUCAUGGUGACAAGUGAAUAUACCCUUUCUAUCCCUAGUAGAAUGCACAUUGAAUAUGUAAUGUAUUUUCUACUCUAUAUUUAAAUAGAGCUUAGAAGUGAUCCAGGUCAUUGCAGUUUGUCAUUUUGCCUAGCUUUACACUGUAUUACUAGUCCACUAAUAAUUCGAAAAUAAUUUUUACAUGCACUGUAAGAGGAUAUUUUACCAGAGCACAAAAUGUGAUGGUCCAUUGCACAUGUUGGAAGAAAGGGUAAGAGUAGGUUGUUGAGAUUGUGCAUCCAUCAUGGAUGUGCUCUUAAAUUAAGCCUACCACACCUCAAAAUAACCUCAUAGUUUCUUCAUCACCCUCCCUUAUAACUGCUUUUAUCAGUAAUCACUCUUAUUAGAGUUAUGUCUUCUGUGUAUUUGCCAUUUUCCUUUGUUGUACAUAGAUCUGUUUUAGCCAAGACCAGAGUUUCCACAACCCUGAGCAGGCACUUGGUUUUUUAUUGCAUCUACCCUUUAAUUAAAUGUUUUAACUCUUAAUUAUUCUUAAUGUUAUGGAUAUUUGCCUCAGUGCUUUUACAAAAUAAAAGCACGCUUU